GUGUGUUUUAAUAUUAUGAAUGAAAAGUUUUAGGCUCAAAAGUAGCAAAAUAUGGAAUAAAAAGGUUUAUAAAAGAUGUAAUUAAAAAAUACAUUAUUUGCGCUAUCUUGAGAAUAUAAACAAAAUAGAAAAUAUUUAUUUACACUUUCUGCUAAAGAGCUGGUAUUCUUUUUUACAUUUUAAUGGCAGGCGUAAACUUCAAAGAUAAAUUAUAACGCGCGUAAUAAAGUACUAGCAAUGACGCGGUAACGAAUUUUCAAGUGUAAACAUAGAUAUUUCAAAUAUAAACACAGACUUUUUAUUAUUUUCUAUCGCGAGCAUGAAACUAUCAUCGAGUUAAUCGCAAGCUAAUCAGUUAACAAUUUAAAACGGUUGGCGAAAUAUAAUUAUGGAACAUAUCAUUAAAAUUUCGAAAGACGUUAAGCUUUGUUUAGAAGGUAUAGAGCCUAUAUUGUGGGAGCUAAAGAGCUAUUUGUUUAAAAGUAAUCAAUUUGGAGAAGUUCAGGAAAUAUCAGACCAUUUGUCGCGAUUUAUAUCAGAUUAUCAUCCGGAUAAGUACGAUCAUAGAGCAGCGGAUUGGUUAUUUGUGUUGAAUACCAUGAAUUUUGCUCUCCGGAAUCCAAAGGGUACCAAACAAUGGACAGUUAAUAAAUUAACUGGAUAUCAAGCAUUGUGUGCUGCUAUCAAAAGAGCGAUUGAUAACAAUAUGCCAAUAUGGGAUUCAAAAUAUUAUAUAAAAUUAACACGAUAUAAUCUCGAAAACAUUUUUAAAAGUGAUGAUGGAGAAACUAACAUUCCACUUAUACAUGAAAGACUUGAAAUUUUGCAUGAAGUUGGAACAGUUUUGUUGAGAAAAUUUCAAGGUAGUUUCAUUCGAUGUAUCCAAUUAUGUAAUCGCGAUCCACUUAAAUUGUUAGGAUUAAUUGUGUGUGAAUUCGUAUCAUAUAAUGACGCACCAUUAUAUGAUGGUAAGAAAGUUGAUCUAUACACCAAGGCUCAGAUAUUGCUAAGUGAUAUAUGGGUUUGUUUUAAGGGACACGAACUCGGUUUUAAUUAUAAUAUAAAUGUGAUGUGUUCUAUAAUAUUCGUCGAUGCUCGAGUUUCUCAAAUUCUUCGUCAUUUUAAACUUCUUAAAUAUAGUACGGAACUCAUGAACAAAUUAGAAAACAACGAACCGUUGAAGUACGGGAGUACAGAGGAAAUAGAGAUACGUAUUUUCUCAAUCUGCGUUAUUAAAUCACUAGCUGAAGAAAUACAAAAAAUAUAUCAUUUCUCUAUUGUUUUUGUGUGA